AGAGUGGGCUCCCGUGUGGCUGCCCCUCCAGACAUGCGCCCCAGAGGCGCAUCAGGGCCGGCUCUUGCUCCUCUCCUUGGCUUUUGGCGCUCGCCUCGGAAGGCGGCUGGAAAGAGAGGCGCUCUCCUCUUCCUCGAGGUCUUUCCCGGCACAAAGUGUCUUGAGAGAGAGAGAAGAGCUGCUCAGCCUCCUGCUCCUCUUCCCCGCUGCGUUCUCUCGAAGGGAGGCCAGAUCGUUUGGAACUAAGAUUUCUUGAAGUAAUAGAGCGCCUUUGGACUUGGAAUGGGAAAUGAGGAAUAGAAGGAAUUGGGAGCCCUUCUGAUCAGAAUGAAACAAACAUUGAGAGAUUUUUCAAAUCUCUUGCUAGUUGUACUCUGUGAUUAUGUCCUCGGAGCUGUGGAAUAUCUUCUUUUGGAGCAACCCACUCACGUUGCUUUGAGCAAUGGCACCGUGUCAGUUGGCUUCCAGAGUCACGACAGUGGGAAUGUAACGCUGAGAAAUACCUCCAUCCUGCUCAUAGAUGCAAGCACCAACCAAACUGUUGCAGAAAAACAUCUUCCUCAUAGCCAGUAUCAAGAUAUUGUUAUCUUUGAGUGUUUCCAUUUCCAGAGUGCUGGGAAGUAUUGGCUCAAAAUGGCAUCUGAAAUCAUCAAUGGCACUGAUUCUCAAUGGAACAGAAAGACUAUCUCGCUGAGUGUGACGUGGCCUGAAUUUCACUUUGAUUUGAGGAGGACUUCAGAAGGACGUAGGAGUUCCCUUCAGCUCCAGCUAUUUACCAACGAAUAUUUAUGUCCUUUGAAUAAUACUGUGCUGUCGCUAGAUAUCAUACUGACUAGCAGCUUACAAAAAUUAGGGACACUGAUCUUGAAUGAGACAGUAGGAUUGAGAACUCGCAAAAAACUUUCUUUGUUUAGAUCCCAGUGGGUAAAAUUUGACUGCCUUUCGGUUGCCCAAGAAGCAUACGUUGCAAUUUUACUGAAAUUGCCUGCGACCAAUUCAGUCAUUGCUUCAGCAGAACCCAUAGAUCUUUUGCACAAAUUUGGCUACAAGUUGGUUGUGGCAACAGCAGAAGAAAUAUGUGAGACUUCAGUCACUGUUUCUGUGAUCCCUCCUCCAUGCAUUUCUUCCAGUGGGCGCGUUACUGUGUUCAAAUAUCACCUUGGGCCUUUUGGUCAAAAGGCACUAAAGCUGCAUGAAAGCAUCAUGAACCCAAAGGACAACCAGGUAGACUUCAACUGCACACUGUUCGACAAAGGCACACACAAAUACUGCUUUGAAUUCUGGCAAUUGAACCAAGUUGAUUCCCAACCAAGAGCAAAAGAAUGCAGGCUAAUCCAUAGGAGUGUUGUGUCCUGGAGUCUUUGGCAGGGCUGGAGCCCAUGUAGUGUGACUUGUGGGGCUGGCAUCCGUGAGCGCACCCGAGAGUGUUUAGCAUCGUUUGCAACGAAGAAACCUGCCUGUGUGGGGAAACAGCGGGAAAUGUCUCCAUGCUCAUUGGAAGAGUGCUCUACCACCCUGUCUGCUCCCAUCACACCAUGGCAUCCUAAAGACCAGAGAACUGCCAACAAUUUGGUCAUGGUCACUGGCAUAUCCUUGUGUUUAUCCAUCAUCUUUGCAACCAUCCUAAUCACGUUAUGGAGGAAGCUUUGCAGAACCCAGAAGUGCAGCACUCCCAUGCACUGCGACUCUUCUAACUCCCCCGGCUUUUGGAAGUACUCAGAUGAAGAGAAUAUCUGCCAGGAGAGACAGCUGCGAGACAGCUUUUCUGAGGCAGAUGGCCCUUCUUCAUCCCUUGGAGGGGCUCCUGAUGUACCCUUGAAUUUCAGGAGAAGCCUUCAUGUUGCUCAAGAUGGAGGAAGCGGAUCUUCUGUGAGUGAGAGUUUUCAGCCCAAUGCUCAUAAAAUUAUUCCUCCCAUUUUCAGCUACCGCCUUGCACAACAGCAGCUAAAGGAAAUGAAGAAGAAGGGCCUCACAGAAACAACAAAAGUCUACCACGUUUCUCAGAAUCCUUUGACGGAAACUGUGAGCUCAGAAAACCAAGAGGCUGCAGCUGCAAACAAGUUUAGGAUCAAGUCUCCUUUUUUGGAGCAACCACACAGUUGUCCUAAAUUAUCCACCAAUAGACCCUACUCUAAUGUGGAUUUUAAACUAUCAGCGACGGAACCGACCUGGAGCCCCUGCCAGUCCCUAAUUAGAAGAGGUGCCCCCAAAUAUCUGGACAGUCAAGGGGAGCCAUGGGAGAGAAGCUACCCAAGAAAUGCACAGUUCAGAAGAACAGCUAGUUUUCACGAAACUAGAAAGGCCAAGCCAUUCCGAAAAAGGAGCAUGUCCGCCCUUACGCCAACUCAGACUCCACUUUACCACUACAGAACUCGAAUGUGGGAGUGUGUUCCUGAAGAACAGCAUAAGCCUAAAUCCAGAGGUGUCAAGCAGAGCACCAUCGAACUUGAGUUGUAUGGUGGUACCCAUGUAAUAUCUGAAGAGAUGAUGCGCGGGGCACGGAAACCCCCCAAGUGGGAAGCUCCAGGGGAGAAGCCAGGUCCUGUCAGCAACCGCCAGGUGCAACAUGGAGCUGAUAGACCAGAGUGGAAGAGAAACAAGAGCAGCCCUUUUCUGAGCCACAGCAACACGUGGGAGAGAGAACCUGCCAGGCUGGCGCCUAAGGAUUGCCACCUGAGAGGAGGUGUUCUGAGCCCCACCCAUUGCAGAAGGAGCAAGUGCCAAAGUUUCCCAUCUGGUCCCAAGUACAGCUUCUACGACAACACUACUUUUGGGCUGAUGGAAUCAGGACAGCCAAAGAUGGACAUGCCUGGAUACUUUGGCUCAAGUGAAGAAGGUGAAAUAAGUACUUUAAGUAUUGAGAAUCUUGUGAUCUGAGGGUCUUAUGAUCUCAUUGUGACUGAUCCUGUGGACUGAAUUAAAACAUGGCAAAUGUGAUCUUUGGAUUUCUCCUUUUAAAAAAAGGAGUCAAUUUUCACCAUCUUAAAGGGGCAGGUGGCCCAAGUAGUGCCGAAUAUCACAUUUCAAUGCCAACUACUUUGUUAGGGAGGAGUAAUCAGAUUAUAUGGAAAUAAACUGUCACUAAAUGAGACAGUGUAGUGUAGCAGUUUAAGCACUGGACUGAGGCUCUGGAGACCAGGGUUUGAAUCCUUCUUCAGCCAUGGUAGCACAGUGGGUGACCUUAGGCAAGUCACACUUUCUCAACCUCAGAGGAGGGUAAUAGCAAACCUCUACUGAACUAAUUUUACCAAGAAAACCCUGUGACAGAGUUGCUAUAGGUUGGAAAUGACUUGAAGACACACAACAAAUUAAUAUAGUAUAUCAGAAAUUUCCACAAUCCAUUCAUAGAUUGGAUUUCAUUUUAGGAACUUGAUUCUGAGCUUUCUGAAAAGUCAAAGUAUUAGAAAUUAAUCCUUCAGUUUUGCCGUGGGAUAGCAAUUUAUAGGAUUCAGUUUUCAGAAUCCUAGCAGUAGUCUGACCCAACUCUUUUUAUCAUGGAAGUGUUGCUCAUUGUUGAAGCUGGUAUUGUGUUUUUUUCCUGUCUUAUCUCCAGUUCUUUUUACAAGUGACUGAUAAGGGUCUGUGAUAGGGAUGGACAAGAGUGCUGUGCUCCUCAGAUAAUGUUGGACUACAACUUCUGGUAAAUGCGAUGAUGAUGAUGAUGAUGAUGAUGAUGAUGAUGAUGAUGGUUCCAGCGCCAUCUGCAGGGCCACGGUCACCCACUUCUGGCCUGUUUCUAACACCAGCAGGCAGCAUCUGAGGGUUGUUGGAGCAGCUGGGAGCACAGUGUUUGUGUAUUAGAAUUUUAGCAUAACAUUAAUGUAGCUGUUGGAAGGAAUGCAGCUGGAUUACUCCAUCCCAACUGCUAACCAAUGGAUCGAGCAUUAAUCUAAACCAGCAACUCAACCAACUUUAUAGCCUUCCACAUCUAGCCCAUCUUAAAAUUCCCCAUAGUGCGUUAUAGACUAGAAACAUAUUCACCAUGAAAAAUAUGGGUAGAGAAUAGGUGGCUUCCAGAUGUUCUGGGCAACCCUUUAGCUCACCUGGUCCUGGGAGGGGCUAGCAUGAACUGUAGUCCAGAGCUUCCCUUGCUCAUAAUGAUGAAAGUUUCACCUUCACUAAGGCUGGGGAACAUGUGUUCUUUCAGGUGUUGUAGGGAAAGACAACUGGAGGUAUGAAGGUCAACAAACGUAUUCAUUUACAGAUUAGAGCAGAAAAUAUGCAGCUCCGGUCAGAGUGUCUGCGUGAGAAAAUUGAGAUUUCAUGGGAAACGAAAUGACUUCAUGGGUUAAUUGGCAAGUUGUUUCCCAAAGAGUUAGUUUAGGCAACGUAGUGUUCAAGGGAGAAGCUAGGCCUGAGUUCUCUGGUUCUUGUUUCAAGUCAAGCCUUGUUUUUACAUUGAAGUAUCCUGGAAGUUUUCUAUGUUCUUGUUUUGUAUUCUUGCUAAAGUUUUACUACAUACACCUUUGCUUGUGGACCUGUGACUUUCUGGCUAUUUCUGGACUAUAUUAUCAUGGAAUUCAUGAGACAUUUGGAUUACUGCCUGGUUAUCACCUAUUCCUGACCCUUUCCUGGAUUAUACAUCUUAUACCCUUAUUCCUGAUUUCUCCUAUAUUCUGUGUUUUUACAAUAAACCAUUUGCUUAUACUCUG